CCCAAGGGUUCAAAGAGGCUACAGCCAGCGAGGCCAUGCAAGAAGCCUGGGUGCAGACAGUGAGGUGGCCCAGUGCUGUGUGUUGCCACUGUAAAAGCUGUGUCUGGUGCCAGAAGGAGGAGGGAUGCAAGGGAGCAUCCCAGCAGGAGAUUAGUCCAUCAGGCUCAAGCACCAGAUCUGCUGGGAAUUUCCCUGUCAUCAGACCCUAUGUGGUCCCAACACGAGUUCUGCAGUCCCUUCUUUAUGCUCAAGAAGAUGCCCUGCCCCACCUCAUCCCAGAGAAAUGCAAUUUAAACAGCUCAACAAGUUGAGGAAAAGCCUGAUUUUCCAGCUGGGCUUCUCCUGGUAUCUCAGACUUGCUCUUUGUUGUGCUCAGUGAUGAGGCAGGGUGGACAAAAAUGCAUCCCAUGGUUUAGCAAAUGAUUUCUCUUCUUAGAUUUUAGCUUUGUCCUUUCCAGAACACCACAUGCACCAGACACAUCUCUUUUGUUGGACUUUUUCGGUUUUAGGCUGAAACCUGAAUAAUUUGAAACAAAAGGACAUCCUCGCACUGAACACAGCCCUGAACAUGACCACAGAGAGUUUUGCAGAGUUCCUGAACAAGCUCAAGGAAAUCCAUGAGAAAGAGGUCCAAGGCCUGCACAGCAAGGUGGCGGAGCUGACGACAGAGAAGUGCCGCGAUGCUCAGAGAAUUGAAGAGCUGUUUGCUAAAAAUCACCAAUUAAGGGAGCAACAGAAGGUCCUUAAAGAAAAUGUAAAGGUGUUAGAAAACAGACUGCGAGCUGGUCUUUGUGACAGAUGCAUGGUCACUCAGGAGCUGGCCAAAAAGAAGCAGAAUGAGUAUGAGACCUCUCAUUUCCAGAGCCUGCAGCACAUCUUCAUCCUCUCAAACGAGACCAACCGCCUGAGGGAGGAGAAUAAAACUCUCAAGGAAGAACUGAAGAGGCUCCGGAGCCUGGAGGACAGGACAAAGACCCCAGGAGUCUCCUCCAGAGAAAGCUGCUCCACACCAAGCUCCCCUUUGACUCUGCUGUCCCCAGCGAGCAGGAAUGUCAGCACAGAGCAGGCAGAGCACAGGGAAGCAGAAGCCCAGCAGGAUGUGCCGGACCUCGAGCUCAGUGAAGAAAAGCCUCCAGAGAAACUCCAGAGAAGCUCUCCAAGCAGCAGGACUUCUCCAGGCACUCUCCUCCAAGAAGUCAGCCUUGUAGAAAUAGCAUCCCAGAGGAUUUCCAACCAGCUGCACGGAACCAUCGCCCUGGUGAGACCUGGCUCCAGACCCUGCCUCCUGGAAAAGAGCCCUUCGGGGGCAGCAGUGUCUCCACCAGCGAGGAAGGCUCCUCUCCCUCCAGAGCGUGAGCACAGCCCCAGCCUGGAGGCUUAUUUAACAGCAAGCAAACUGGAGUCCCCCAAGGUCGCUCCAUCCUACGAAAACCUAAAACUGAGUGCCCGGAGGGAGCAGCUGUGCCUCCUGCACAAACAUCUCUCCCUGCAGCAGCUGGGGCUGGCGAGCCCCUGCGGCCCGGCCGAGCGGGAGGGCAGCAGCUUCCCCAGCCCCCUGCUCCGGAGCAGGGCUGCCGAGGGCAGGAUGAGCUGCCGGGACCCCUGGGAUGAGCACGCAGCCUUGCUGAAGCUCCCUGCCACCAUGGUGUACGUGAGGGACCAGCAGCUGGAGGAGCAGCUGCAGCUGCUGAAGCAGCGGGAGCGGCUGCAGCAUCUCCUGCGGCAGCAGCGGCAGCCGGGCCCGAGGGCGGACGGCGGAUCCCGGCCCCUGUCCCCCUGGCUGGGCACCGCGGCGGGCUGCAAGGAGGAGAGGCUCCUCCCGGAGGAUGCUGCGGCUGGGAAGGAAGAGAAGGAGCUCUGGCUGGGCCGGGAGAGCCCCGAGCAGCGAGCGAGGAUGAAGGGGGAGAGGGCCGAGGAUGCGGACGCGCCGCUGGAUCUGUCGGAGUCGGGCCGGGGCAGGGAACAGGACCGGCACGGCCACCGGGAGCCGCGGGACAGCCCCGGGGCCAGCCCGGCACACAGGGCACACAGGGCACAGCGGGACAGCCCCGGGGCCAGCCCGGCACACAGGGCACACAGGGCACAGCGGGACAGCCUCCACUGCCCCUUCCACUGGCCCAGCGCCACCCGACCCCCGCCCGGUGCUGCCAAGGACGAGGAGGAGGAGGAGGAGGAGGAUGCAGCUGUGCUCACGCUUUCACGGGCAUAUCUGACAAACAACUCCACACCGAGCGACCCAGAGGCCGUUCCUGAGGCUGGGCUGAAGCGGGAUGUCAGUGCACAGAAGGGAGAAGCAGAUGACAAUGAUGCCGAGUCUGGGAAGCAAGAAUCUGAUGAGCCAGACACAACGGACAGUGAGGAGAAGUAUGAAGAUGAGAUCCUACAGGAAGCUGAGGCUGACGGGAAAUACUUCUGCACCAAAGACAAAGCUCAUGUGCAGCAGAGGAAGAGAAAAAGAGGACAGGAUCCCUGCAUAAAAGGAUCUAAGAAGUCAAUGAGAGGAAAAAAGAAAAUCAAAGUGGAGCAAUGCCCAGUGGGGAUCACAAAGGAACUGGAGAAUUGCUCUGCUUCCCACAAUGAUCCCUCCAAGGAGAGUUAACAGCAGGGCAGGACAGAGCAACUGCAGACCGAAGGACAGAGCUCAGAGACCUCUGGGACUGGGAGAUGAAUCCUCCUGUCAUGCUGGGCCAGGCAGUGGGGAAUUCAUAAGGACUCAUUUAUGAGCAGAGCACCCUGAAAGUCCUCACUGAGUGCCACAGGAGAGGCUGGGCAAGGAUGAGCUGUGCAGGUGACACCUGGAUCAGCCAGGUCACUGCUGGUGGAGCCCCACAUCAGUGAUCCCAGCCCUGUGCCAGAGCAGACCCUCAGACUGGAGCUGGGAAGAGGAGAUGUCUCUCUGGAACCCUCACCCUGCACCAGAACCAUGCUCUUCCCUGGGAUUUCACGCUUGGAGAACGGACCACCAGAUCCUCAUGAAGGAUGUCCCAGUGGCUGGCGGAGGGGUGGUGACCAAAGCAAACACUGCAGAACCUGUGCACAAACCUGCUCCAGUUAAAUCCCUGCCCAGGUUUCUACACUCGUGGGUCUUGUCUGACCUGGGGGAAGUCCGCGGUUUUCUCUUCUAGUGAAGUGAGGAGCGAGUACAAGGGCAGGCAGGUGGGAUGUGUCCCUGGAGAGGGCAGGGGGGGUUGGGUGCUCCCUCUCCCCAGUGUGUCCUGCAUUGCCUGGGAAAGGUUAGAGUGGGAGACCCAGCUGCAGCUCACAGCAGAGCACCAGCUCAGCGGCUCGCACUGACCUUGCCAGGAUUGCUGGGAGCUAUUUUUCACGUGGAUAAAUUGUUCUUAGUAAUAUUUUUCUGAUGAGAUAAGAUGGGAAGGGCUGCAGUGAGCAUCCCUGCUCACAGCAUCGAUCCAGGAGCCAGGCUGGGCUGUUCCUGGCACGCAGGUGGAGAGAACAGAGACAAAACAGACCAGCCAA